AUGGCUGGGCCUUCCCCGAGUUCAGCCCCUUCAACUCCCUCAACGCACACUCCUGGAGAAGUAAUCUCAAUGCCUGCCUUGCCCCAUAGUGGUAGUUCCUCCAAGCCUCUGAUGAUGUUUGGCCCUGAUGGUACUGGGACUCUUACAUCACCAUCAAAUCAGUUGUGGGAUGAUAAAGAUCUUGAAUUGCAGGCCGAUAUGGAUCGAUUUGUAGAGGAUGGUUCUCUUGAUGAUAAUGUCGAGUCUUUUUUAUCCCAUGAUGAUAUGGCUGUAUUGUGGUACACAGAUACAUUAAAGGUAAAAUCAACCUUUGAAGAACAUUCAGCUUUGAUCACUGAUGUUCGUUUUAGUCCAAGCAUGCCACGUCUUGCAAUGUCUUCAUUCGACAAAACUGUCAGGGUCUGGGAUGCUGACAAAAGUGAUGAUUUUAUCUUUUUGUAUCUUUUAACUGUGACAUGUAACGGAUGUGCUAUUUCCACCCAAAUAAAGAUGACCUUAUCUGCUCCUGCGACUUGGAUGGUCAGAUAUGCUACUGGAGUAUUAACAAUGGCAGCUGCUCAAGUGUGUUCAAGGUAG